GACGCCCGCCGGCAGCGCAUCUUGCGUCGAUUCUCGAAGAGCUGCACGCCGGGCGCGGCGCACGGCCUCGGAGUCUCCAUCGGCUGCUACGCAGUUUGCGUAGCGAACGGACGCCCGCGCAGGCGCAGGAGUGGGGCGGAGCAGCGGGAGCCGGGGAGCUGGAGCCCCGUGUCCCGGCGACCGGAUCCCGCUUCCCCAGCAGCGGCCUGAGGACCUGACAUCGACUUCCUCUUAUUCACCGGGGCUGAGGGUGGACGCAGUGGGGCAACAACGUCUGGAAUCUUGAGGACAGAGGAAGAAGCCCCCCAAUCCGGAUUAUUGGAGGGGAAAGAGCCACCAAGCGUGGGGAGGGGGAGAGCGGGGCGUUGGGCGCCCCCGCAGCGGCCGCUGUCCUAAGCUGACGGGCAUCGGCCGGCUCUCCCCCUCCUGCCAGCCGGACACGAGCGACCAAGGCCAGGGACUUUCUGUACCACUGCAUCCUCCCAUCUUGGCUCUGGGGCUGACCCAGGGAGGGACACCCCCAACCCCCACUCCAUUUGCCCUGGGUAGGAAAGAGUACCCUUACACACUCCAGAGUGAGGGGUUCAGGGCCCAGAUUACCCGUGCCCACCCUCCCCACCCCCAGUCUCUUGAGGAGGAAAGGCCUGGCCACCCCAACUUCUUUCCUCCAGAGUCCCCAGCUCUCACCACCUCCUGCAGUAACCACCCCUCCGUAUUUAUUUCCCUGGCUUCUGGCCAGCCCUCCAUCUCUGUCUCCUGGUUUCAGGCCUCCCUCCUUGACAUGGAGAGUAACCUGUCUGGCCUGGUGCCUGCAGCCGGGCUGGUACCUGCGCUGCCGCCUACAGUGACUCUGGGGCUGACCGCUGCCUACACUGCCCUGUACGCGCUGCUCUUCCUCUCUGUCUAUGCCCAGCUCUGGCUGGUGCUUCUGUACGGGCACAAGCGCCUCAGCUAUCAGACGGUGUUCCUGGCGCUCUGUCUGCUCUGGGCAGCCUUGCGUACCACACUCUUCUCCUUCUACUUCCGAGAUACUCCCAGGGCCAACCGCCUGGGGCCCUUGCCUUUCUGGCUUCUCUAUUGCUGCCCUGUCUGCCUGCAAUUCUUCACGCUGACGCUUAUGAACCUCUACUUUGCCCAGGUGGUGUUCAAGGCCAAGGCAAAGCGUCGGCCAGAGAUGAGCCGAGGCUUGCUGGCUGUCCGAGGGGCCUUUGUGGGCGCUUCACUGCUCUUUCUGCUGGUGAAUGUACUGUGUGCCGUGCUGUCCCGCCAGCGCCGGGCACAGCCCUGGGUUCUCCUGCUGGUCCGCGUCCUGGUGAGCGACUCCCUCUUCGUCAUCUGUGCCCUCUCGCUUGCUGCCUGCCUCUGCCUCGUCGCCAGGCGAGCUCCUUCCACUAGCAUCUACUUAGAGGCUAAGGGGACCAGUGUGUGCCAGGCGGCUGCCAUAGGGGCUGCCAUGGUUCUGCUCUAUGCCAGUCGGGCCUGUUACAACCUGGCAGCUCUGGCCUUGGCCCCUCGGAGCCGGCUAGAUGCCUUCGACUAUGACUGGUACAACGUAUCUGACCAGGCAGACCUGGUGAAUGACCUAGGGAACAAAGGCUACCUGGUGUUUGGCCUCAUCCUCUUCGUGUGGGAACUGCUGCCCACCACACUGCUGGUGGGCUUCUUCCGGGUACACCGGCCCCCGCAGGACCUGAGCACCAGCCGAAUCCUCAACGGGCAGGUUUUUGACUCCCGUUCCUACUUCUUUGACCGGGCUGGGCACUGUGAGGAUGAGGGCUGCUCCUGGGAGCGCAGUCGGAGUGAGAGCACCAGCAUGUCCGGCAGCCUGGGCUCUGGCAGCUGGUAUGGUGCCAUCGGACGUGAGCCAGGCUGGGGCGGGGCCAGUCAGACGAGGACCACUCCUCUGCUCUUCUCCCAGGUGCCAGGACCUGGCGGCCACCACCACAGCCUCUAUUCCACGCCACAGACAUGAUCUCCUUUUACCCCCCUUAGAGCACCCAGGCCCCAGGUCCCCUUAUCCCCGGCCCCUGUGCCAAGUACAUCUGCCGCUUCUUGCCCAGGAUGCCAGGGGACUAUGGCUGCUUCUCUCCUCUGGCCAGCUCCUUGCUGCUCCUAUCGUAGUGAGCUUGUGCCAUCCCCUUAAGAUAGGGACCAGGCCCCCAGGCUGCCAGAUGCCCACAGUGCCCUGGCAUGACCUGCUGCCUCUGCUUCCACACUGGAGCCAGCUACCUCUCCUGUGCCUACCACUCAAUAAACAGAGUCUGUGUCCUGUCCCUCCA